AUUUUUUCUUGAUUUGUUGUAUUCGUAUACUCUGCAUUUAUUUUUAUAUAAAUAUUUAUACGCUAAUAAUCAAAAUUUCGAAAUAUGUCAAUAUUGCGCUGUAAUAUACGGGACGUGGAACCUACCACCUCCAGCUUAAGACGAAAUGAUUAUCAUUUACAUACACCAUUGUUUGUGCUCGAUGUUAUACGUUUAUUUCAAGACCACCCCAAAUAUAUUGGUGGACUAAAGGAGAGUCAUAUAGUAGGCUUAUUAGAAAAAGAAGAUAUUGCUACCGGCGAUGUAGAAGCCCAAGUGCGAAUGGCCUUAAAGGAAUUAAUGUCUAUUGGUUUUGUACGUUUUGUUUCUCAGGGAUAUCGCACCUUGGGCCCAUUUGCUAAAUUAGCUUUAGCUCGCACACCACACCAGCAGAAUGUGGCCUGGGAACGUUUAAAUAAAAUGCAAAAAAUUAAUUGUAUGAAUUUAGGAUCAUCAUAUUCUAUGCGCUCUUGCAGUUAAAUUUAAUAAGUACUAGUUUAUUAAUAUAUAAAUAACUUUCCAUGUUAAAUAUAGAAAAACUACAGGUCACGCUCUAUUAUUUAUCAAAUGGUUACCUUUUUUAAU